AUGAGCUCGACGGGCUGCGCUGACGAACUCAGGUACGAAUAUGUGCGCCUCUUUGAGCAGCCCGAUACCCUCUUGGCGAACACCUGGAUCGUGGUGAGGAUCGAUGGACGUGGUUUCUCGAAACUCACAACCAAAUACAAAUUUACAAAGCCAAAUGACCGCAAUGCGCUUGAUCUCAUGAACGCCGCGGCUGAGGCUGUCAUGAAGGAUUUGCCAGAUCUUGUGCUCGCAUACGGAAACAGCGACGAAUUUAGUUUCGUCUUCCACAAAGACUGUGUCCUCUUUGAGCGACGCGCCAGCAAGGUGGCAUGGAAACCGCGUGCGGCUGAACAGAAGCUAUCCGGCACUUACUCAGCUGAUAAGAACGAGAUACUGUUCAAGGAGUUUGGCAUCAACUACAAUAAUGAACCCGAAUGUUUCAAGAAAGCCAACAACAAGCCGCGGAAGCUCUCCCUGCAGAACCAGCGCUCUUUUUGUACUUUGAGAGGAAAGAACAGCAUUGACGAGGGGUAUGGCAUGGCGGGCGUUCAGUCGGCAGGGUUGACUACGCCCCGACGCGUCAGUCCACCACUGCGUACUAACAAAGCACUGCCCAGUCCACCCCUCAACCGCGCCGAGGAGAUGCGAACUCGAGAAAAGGUGGUCAUGGCUACCAGCCCAAUCACUCCCACUACCCGCUGCUCACCGCAUGGAAGCGAGGACUUCCACAAACGCGCGGGUCAAGUAUGGCCCCACGGAGAAGCCAGUCAUCCCGGCAUCGCAGAAUUGCCAGCCACAGCAGCAAAGCCCCAGACACACGCACGCUCUGUGUCCGUGUCUGCCACUCUGUCGCAGCCCUUCUACCAACCAGACGUCGAAGCACUGUCCUCCGCCGCUAUCAGGUCUUCUGCCGUAAUUGGCGCAGAUGACAUCCAACCCACCGCGCCGCUGAAGGAUAGUCCGCACUCAAAAGGCAAGGCUACAUUUGAUGCUCCUGUGGAGAGGAAGCCUGUCGCUGCCAAACAGGCCCCGGCAAGCAGACAACCUAACAUCAGCACGAGCAAAGGGCGCGCGCAGAUGACUGAGCAAGGCGGCUGGGCCGCUGGGACGCAUGCAAGUACUGCGCCGCAGAGUCGCACGCAGAGAGACAAGGAGCGCAAGAAGCGGAGUAAAGCCAAGAUCCUGAUUGAGCAUGUGGACAUCAUCAAGGAUGAGUUUUGGGAGAAGAGGCCCUGGUUGUUGAGCGGCAAGAUACCACAAUGA